UGAAAAUAUUCCUGCAGAUUCACUUUCAGAAGGUGGUCAAGUAAUUAAAAAUAUUCCUGAAUAUUCACUUUCAGAACAGGGUCAGAUAAUUAAAAAUAUUCCUGCAGAUUCCUUUUCAGAAGGUGGACCAGGACAAUCUCCGGAGGUAGAAGAACAUGUCUCUAAAACACACUUCGAAGCUGAUGAGAGAGAUUUUCCAAUUAAAAAAAAGAGUAGUAUCAAAAAGAAACAUUUAAUAAGUGAAGUACCUAACUCCAAAUCAGGUUCAAGUGGCACUGUACAUGACUACAUUAUAAGGCAAAUAUUCACUGCACCAAUAUUCUCAGAAUUGGAGAUAGAAGUGAAAGAGCCAAGUGAAACACCAAUGAACUUGGAAAAUCAAGUACCUACACCUUGGAAGAGAAGUUUGUCAUCACAUAUUCUACUUCAUGAAGAUAAUGCUGAUAAAAUAGAAUUGCCACAGCCCAGAUCUGCUAUAAGCCAGAUAAUACAAGCAUUUCCUAUAGAUACGCUUUUAGAAUCUGGGAUAAUCAAAGUGAUAGAAUUAGAUAAAGAACGCCGUAAGAGUUCUUUGCUGGGUACGGGGAUCACUUCUCCUAAAGGAAAGCUGAAGGAUUCCCAAGAGUAUUAUUCAGAAAUCAGAAGCGAGACAGAACCUCUUUCUGAGCAGAAUAUACCCAUCAUUCCCGAAGACACUACUUCUGUUAGUAGAGUUGAAUUUAUACAGGAAGACCAAAAUAUGUUCCCACAAGAUUCAAGUUAUUAUUCAAUAGCAAAUAAAGAACUGGAUUUGCCAAGAAGUGGUCAGAGGCUUGGUAAAGACGAAAAUGACCUCAGUUCUACUUUAGAAAGUUUAACUAACUCAUUAAUGGAUAAACUUAAUGAAUCAGAUGAAAUAAUGUUAAAAUCCUUUUUAAAAAACAUCUUCAACGUUUUUUUCAAAUAUAGUCAAUCUGAAAGAAGAGGACAACCAGAAAGAGAAUUAGAAAGACUAAUUCAACCUUCUUUUACAAGUGACACAGAACACCUUAAAGAAAUCCAAGAGAAUUUUGAUAAAGUAGACAAAUUAGACAGAAAACAUAUUUUGAGUUCAAAGUUGCGUGUGUUUCUAGAAGAACUCUCAGAGUCAGAAGUAAAAAAUUUAAAAUCUGAAUUAAGUAAACAAAUCCAGCAUUACCUUGUAGAAAGACUUUCAGAAUCAGGACAUAUCACCAAGGAGGACUUACCAAAAAUCUACCGAAAUCUGUAUCUGAUGAAUGAGAAGGUAGAGCGGAAAGGGCCAAACAGUUUUCAGGGGAAAUAUUCUGAAACUGUGAAAGAAAUCAUGUCUUUUGUCAAAAAUUUCAAUCAUCAUUUCAUAGAUAAACAUUUAGAAAUAAAGCUAAGGUCUUUUUUAAAUGAGAUUCUCCAAAACUAUUUCCUAAAAAACAUUUCAGAAAGCAGUUUAUUUAAUGAGACAGAAUCUGAGACUAUAUACCCAAAUAUGUCUUCUCUAAGGACUAAAAGUGUCUCACUUUCUUUUCACGAACUAGAACAAGAUAUUUCAAAGGGGAGUUUUGGUAGAAGGUUUGAAAUAAACAUGAAAUAUCCUUUAAGUAAAUCUCUACAAAACUAUCUGAUAGCUUUAUCAGAAAAUGAAUUAUUACAUCUAAAAGCUGAUUUAAGCAAACACCUCCAGGGUCUUUUUUUAGAAAAACUUUCAAAAUCAGGACUAAUGACAAAAAGGCAAUUAGAAGGGAUCAACCAGCAUAUAAAUUUGCUUAAUUCUAGUUCUAUACCAUUAAAAUAUAUAAAGACACAUUUACCUUUUAGAGAUGACCAUCACUUUGUGGAGAAGCAUUCAGAAAAGCAAAAUAAAUAUUCAAGAAUUGUUCAACAAACCACUUUACAAAUGGUUUCUGAGGAUAAACUUAGAGAAACAGAACUGAUUCGAGAGAAAGAAAAGAAAUAUUUCCCCUUACAGAAUUUAAAAGAAAAUUCAUCUUUAAUUAGGGAACAGAAAAGUUAUUACACUAAAGAAGAAGCUAAAACACCAAGUUUAAUCAAAGUACAACCUUCUUCCAAUAAAAAUACCCAGGCAAGUUCAUUAAACAGUUCAUCAGAAACACUUACAGAUAUACUGCUUAAGAAACUAAGGAAAGAACAUGUAUUUAUGCAGCUUCCUCAAGCAGAAAAUUCUGUUCAUAAAACACAGAUUCAAGACCCAUAUAGUUGGGGUGGUAAAUCAAAAAUAACUCAAUCAAAAGCUUGGUGUGAAAGGACACAGAAAAUGAAGUCCCUUGAUAGAAAGGAGCAUGUAAACAUCUAUAAAUGGACUGUUCAGGAAAAACCUGAAGCAGUAUUAACAUCGUAUCCAAGAAUUCCUAAUGCCAGAAUGCCAAGGGAAGAUGAGUACGUAAACAGACUCACUUUUCCUUCCUGGCAAACUAGCACUUUAACUCAUUUCAAUACAGAGACUGAGGAAAAAUCAAAAUUAGAAGACCAGUAUUGUCAGAGACUGAAAGGAAAUAAUAACAAUAAUAAAAAACAUUUAGUAACAUUUGCACAAUACAAAAAAGAAAUACAAACUCUUUAUAUAAAACCAGAUGAAAUUUGCAGUGAAAAAUGUGCCAAGUUCCCUGAAAUACAGUCAUUCCAAUAUAAAGAUGUAGAAAAUGAGAAAAACUCGAAACCAUCCCUCUUCCCAGAAUUAUUUAAGAGAGAAGAUCUAAAACCCAAGGUCCGAAAAGAAAGAGACCGUGUCGCCAAACCAAAAAAGUCAUUUAACAAGAUAGUCAGGAUACUGCCAACCACACUGCCCACCACAAGAAUUCACCUAAAGAAGUCUGUUCCAAGGACGCUGCUUCACUGGACUGCAAGAACUACUAUACAUGAUUGUUCAGAUAAAUUUGAGGAUUUACAUGACAUGACCUCAUUUACACACCUUAAAAAAGUAAAAUCAAGAUCAAGGCUUUUAGGAAAAAGCUCAGAUGAUAUCCAUAAUCAUGCCAGACACUCUGCAAGACCAUAUACUGCUCCGGAGGUUAACAAGCAACGAGAAAGCUACAGUGGAAAGUUUACAAGUCGUCGAAUGGUUUCAUCAGGCUUAGUUCAUAUAAAUGAUAAAACAUCACAUUAUGAAAUGCAAAAAAUGCGGCCAAAAAAAAUUAAAAGAGGAUAUUGAAAAAUGUUCGUUCAUUUGUGUUAUUAUAAAACAUGUUUAACUUAGAAUCAUGUGAGGCCAGCAGUCAGAAUAUCAUUUCUCCAUUAACAAAAUGGUUUGGAGAUCUCUUCUUUUGUGUGACAGAAGUCAGCAACCAAAUUUCAUCUUGUUAGAACCAUUUUGUUUUGAUUAAAAUGAAAAACAAACA